CAUGAAAAUCAUUACAUUUCCUCAUUAUUCCAUAUCAAUAUCAAUUGGAACUUCCUCUACUACAUCCCUACUACCCUCAGCUCAGCUCACAACAUCAACAACAACCCAAAACAACCUCCCCAACCCUCCACCAUAAAAUACCCACAAUGCCCAAACGCGAAGCAAUCAUCAUGACCAUCACCGCAAUCGGCGGUCUCAUCGGCGCCAACGCCCUCCUCAAGCCUUCUCCACAUCAUAGCAUCAAAGCGGGAAUGGAUUCGCAAUUACAUUCUUUCAAUGUGCUUACGAAACCGCAUAUUGAUCAGGAUCCUAUGGAUACGAUUUUUGAUCGCACGGCGUUGAUGGAGAGUGUGAAGGAUAGGAAACCGUGGAAUAAGACGUAUGCGGAGAAGGAGAGGCAUAGAUAGAUGGAUGGAGAGGUGGUGUGGAUCAGUUGGGGGGCUAAAGAGUCGUUUCGCAUGUGAGCGGGUUUUCGGGUCGGCGUUGAAAUUGGAAAUGGAGUUAGUUUCCUUUCCUUGGGAGAUGGAUGGAAUAGUAUGAUGAAUAAUAUAAUUGAUACACAUAUAUAUAUCUGCCAUAUUUUGAUCAGGUACUGUUUUUGUGUGUUCACGAAUCUCGAUGUUAAGAUGGGAUUUGAAAGUAUCGAUAUCAUUAAAGUGACGCAUUGUAAUGAGAAAAG